AUGUGGCUGAACGAGGCAAACAACUUGACAGCCACGAAGUUCACGUUUCAGGUCGUCCCGACGGAUGGAGCUGACGCCACACUCCAGAUGAGAUCACGAUGGGUGGCCUAUGCCGGACUCCUAACCUGGAAGGAUGAGCAGACGUUUCGUUACAUGGGGCAGAAGUUGUUGAUGCUUCUCGGCUACAGAUCGGCGGUCUCAACGCAGAAGCAACCUCCACUGCAGCCGGCGCUUGGGUGCCUGCCUCAGUGCAAGAAAGCAAGCCAGGGCGUUUCACGCAGCAAGAAGGGGCCGUUCACAACAAGUGUUGGAAGCCCGGAUUGGACCGCUGGCUCGGAAGCCAUUCACGUGAGGUGGGGGAGGGGCGGGGAUGUUUCUGGUAGCCUGCCAGCCAUGGGAAGCCAGCUUUGUUCUCCAGCCGCGGACAUUGUCAAUGUGGAGCCCGUCCACAAAUGCUUGUUCCCAAUGUAUGUAGUCAAGGUAUCCGACUUCUGUCAGAUGGAUGGGCCUCCGGAGCCACACCACACACUCAAGGCCCGGGGGCUGCUGCACGAGUGGCAGCCAGGUAUGUUCGUCAUCUUCAUCUCUCACCAAUGGCUGAGCUUCGCACAUCCGGACCCUCACGGCCAGCAAGUUGCAGUGCUUCGCAGCACCCUCCUUGGUGUGAUUGCCGGGUCGCUCUGCGUUGAGCCCGACACGAUUUCAAUACCAGCUGGAAAGUACCUAACCAUGGCCGCGUGCCAGGCGAUACGCGAUGGGUACAUCUUCUUCGAUUGGUUUGCCAUCCCGCAGAUCACCGCGCGGGAGGGGGGUGUCAAUGAAGACGUCACCAGGACAGACGCAGCGUUGGCUGUGCAGAGCAUCCCAGCGUACGUAGAGGCGGCAAACCUGUUCAUGGCCCUCGUCCCAGGGCUGGUGCAUGCAGACACGGGCAUGCUCUGCAACUACAUCUCGUGGCAGUCGCGAGGAUGGUGUCGCGCAGAAUGGUGGUGCCACCUCCUGGCCAACAAACCUGAUACCAGCGUGAUUGUUGUCUUUUCUUCAAAGGAAGCAGAGUUCAUGUUCCCCUUGAAUUGGCAGGAGAACACCGUUUCCGAAGGCAACUUCACUGUGGAAGCAGACCGGGCAGUUGUUGAGAAGCUUGGGGAGGCGGCCUUAGAAAGCAAGAUCCAUUUUCUGUCAACUGCGGGACACCAGAGCCUCUAUCUGUAUCGUUUUUAUCUGGCCCAGCGGCCACAUCUACUGGGCCAACGAAGCCAGGCUUUCCGCCUGGAGGAAUUCCUGGCGCAUUUCCGAUUCCCCAGCCUGCAGGAGGCUAUCCGAGACACCUCGCGCAUGAAUCCUGCGCUUUGCGCGAUCUUUGCCGGGGACGUGGGGAUGCUGCGGCUCCUUCUCGAAAACAGAGCAGACGCCAACCACCGGCUUCAUGGGCUGGCAGACCUAGGAUAUUACGAUCGUCAGACGCUUCUUAUGGCAGCCACGAAGUCGCGACAGAAGCCGGAGAUGCUUUCCACCCUCAUCGAGUUUCGGGCCGAAGUUAAUGCCACCUCCAGAAUCGGACUCUCCUGCGCUGCCGUGGUACGAUCCCCUGGGCAGUUGCGAGCCCUCAUGGAAGGACGGGCAGACAUUCACACACCAGGGGAGCCCUUUGGCCUAGCACCUAUAGCAGGGGCUUCUGUGUGGGCUUGCCCGGAGACCAUUGCAGUCAUGCUGGCUGCAAGGUGUGACCCAAACUUCACGCCUCGUGGCGUAGGGUAUGGCGCGCUGCAUGCCGUAUGCCUCCAGGCCCGCGGCCGCAGCACGGCUGUUGAGGUAGCCAAGGUGCUGCUUGACGGGAGGGCAGAUGUCAACUCCAAGGCAGCUCCUGUGGGAUUUUUCAAGGUUGCGUGCUUGGCAUCGCGGGCUUGUGCAGCCUUGAAAGGUCUCGGGUCCUGUUCCAUCGUCGUGAAAACCAUGGCAAGCCUCCCUGGCCUUACACCGCUCGGUGCUGCUGCCCUGGCUGGCGAUGAGGGCCUGGCUCGUCUGUUCUGGCAACACGAUGCCGAAGUUGUCGCUAAUGAAAGAGGCGACUUGCCAGAAGACCUGGCGGUCGCAACCGGACACGACCACUUGCUACCGCUCCUUGCAUCCUUCGGAGUAUGA